CAUGGAGUGGUUUUCACUGUGAAGCAUGUGAUGGUGUGGCCACCUGGACUGGGGAGAAGAAAAGUACUUUUGGUAUUAUUGAAGGAGAAGGUGUUCUGCUGUGUCUGCAGUGCCACAGGCUUGGAAGACCUUAUCAGCUUUUCUUUGACAUCUGUAGGCUAGUCAUCGCUCUCCAGGAACAGGGUGUGUAAUUGUGUUCUGGCCAGAUGUCUGAAGAGGAUUUACUAAAGGGUGAUAUAUCAUCAGCCAUCACUGGUCUUAGGAAAGCAAUUGCUUGUGGCACCAAAGUUUAUUUGGCAGAAAAUGAGUAUUUUGUGUCACUGCAAGAUACAUUGGCACGGUGUUUAGGUGAAGCAGGAGACUAUGAAGGCUGUUGCCAAGAACUAAGAAAGUGUCUGCAAGUCACAGAAUCUCGCUUUGGAGCAGAAAGCAUUGAGCUUGGACAUGAGUUGCUGAAAUAUUCAGAUGCUCUGGCCUUGGCUGGUAAUAAAAGACAUGAAGAUUCACUUUCAAAAGUGAGAAGGAGAGUAGAUGAGAUCUUCACUCUGAACUAUGGGCCUCAUUGGAAGAAGUAUAUGGGUACUGAACUGAAGAAAUAAGAUUUAUGUUAUUACUUAACAAAUAAUCAGUGAAUAAGUGUAAAUUACUUGGUUCAUUGUAAUAAAUCCUACAUAUUUUUCACACUAUCACUGGUUUAACUACUAGGCAAAAUCUUUACUACCCAUACCAUUGAAUGUAUAUAUGAACAAUUCACACACAAAAAAAAAAAAAUAAUAAGAAUAGCUAAAGAUGAAUAAAAAACAUAAAAAUCUUGUUUCCUUUGUCACACAUGUCUUUAUAUUUGUACUUCAGAAAUAUGUUACAUAUUCCACUUGCCAA